AUGACACAUCCACUUUUCAACGUCCUCGAGGAGAAGGUUUAUUUCGACCUCACUGACCACUUCGACAACCACCGCCUCAAGAAUAUUGUAUUUAGUCCCGUGAAAAGCGGACAUUCACUUUGCUGCAUCCAUCUUCAGCUGGAGCAGUCUCCGAGCACAUCUGAAAAGAUCCCGUCAGGAAUACUCUUUGAAGUGAUGGGCCAGAUUGCCAUUCAGGACUGCUACCUCACCACCUAUGGAGACUCGGAACAUUAUCCCGAGCCUGGUGAUGGUUCACCAGCCAUCUCAUGCUGGAUUGAGCCCUUACCCGACAUCUUGUCGUGUGCUGAUUGGAGGAAGGCUAUGCGAGCCAUCACGAAAAUCGCGGAGAUGGGGCCAGAGUCUCUCCUCCAUCUUCUCAGGCAUGUUCGCAUGGAUCCGCCCAGCAUUGAUUUCAUGCAACUCCAAGUGGGAUGGCGCCCUCGGGCUUCAGAGGACAUGAUAGCAGACUUUCCACUCUUCAAUCGCAAGGGAAAGCAGACUGCACCGACCUCUAUCUCCGAAGUGCCAUUCGGGAAGCCCGUACAGACUGUGCUCGCGCAGCUGAAGAGCUCGCUUGCACCUCUUGAGAAGCGAAACUUUGAAGCUGAAUGGGCGAAAAAGGUUGAACGCCAGUGCGAAGCCUGGAAGGGAGCGCGCGUCUCGCAGUCACAGUAUGCAGAACAGCUGGAGUGGGAGGCUCACGUUGUGGAAUAUGUGAACUUUGUUCACGAGCGCAUAAAAGCCCACGGAAAUGCAAAGCUCGCAACGGGGCGCAGUCUUCGCAGAGAUCUCCCACUCUACGGACCGCGCUUCAUACCGCCGACGUACCUGGAUAUAGCAAAGCGCAGCGCAACACCCGAAAUCACGCUGGAGAUGACGUACCUUAAGCCAGUUACCAUUGUCCAUCCAUUCUACUUCCCCGAGAUCACACAAUGCCCGCAGUGUGAUUCCGGUGAUGUUAAAUGGAUCCAAUGGGCUGCUACCGGCCAUCGCGAGGUGCAUGGUCUGUUCCGAGAGGAGACUGCAAUUGGGUAUCAGUUGCGGUGCAAGGAGUGCGAGAAACGCACCGCGGAACGAAGUGGUACCAAUGAAGACUCCGACGGAGCGUACUGCUUCACGACGACAAGCCACCUGUUUUGGCAGCGUCGGGACCACUGGGAAAUACCAUCCAGCAUCCCAUACUUCCUCAGGCGCUGCGCGGUCACGCGCGAGUUAUUUGACCUCAUCGUUGAACUGCGUCCUUCAACGACAUCUGCGGGGCUUGCCGAGAAUGUCAGACAGCUUCACCUCCUUGAAUACCACAGAGAGAGACUCGUGUACUUGCGAUACUUUCAGUUGCGACAGGAGACGAAAAACAUGAGCCUGGUCGAUCCUCCGCCACUGCGCAAGUUCUCAAAGCCGGGCGAAAUCGUCGCGGGCUACUGUGAUCGCUCGAUCACGGAUGACUUGAUCACUGAUAUCUUCAAUAAAUUCAGUGAGAAAACACGGCAACCAGAGUCAGAGACAUACCUUCAUACAUUGAGCGCAACAUCCAUCUCUCUCGACAAUACCUUCCGUGCGGCAGGAAAGGCGAGCUUGGUGACCGUUGUCGAGAAGAAGCAGAACCGCAUCAAGGUGUUGAAGGGUGGAAUUCUGAGCGUCAUCAACGAGGUCAAUGAGAUCAUAUCCUGGCAUUUCUGCCAGUCGCAAUCGACGUCUGAGAUCGCAGAGGUAUUAGCAGGUCUCAAGCGGCGCGGCGAGUUGCUGCAGGUCCCUGAUCCUGUGCUGGCGGUGGUCGACAACUGCUGCCAUGUGCGCAAGUCCAUCAAAAAGGCGCUGCCAGAAAUAGAUGUCGUGCUUGAUGUCUGGCACUUUGUCGGAAGAUACCUUGCAUGCAUUAUCGGCGGCACCAAGAAUUCGCUCCGUGGGGCGGUCGCACGAGAUUUGGUCAGCGCGAUCCUCAAGACUACGGCAGACAAGUACAAUCGUGUCGUCUACUGGAGCAGGGCAGAGCAAGAGAGACGAGUGGUGUGCGUGUACGAGAAGUGGCAAAACCAUGGUGAUGUCUGGAGUGCAGCCGCACCAAAGGUCCAUGCGGAGCAACUUGGGCAUGUGAAGAAGGGCUGCCUUGUACGUGCCUAUCAAGAUGUCGUGUCAGAUGGGAGCCGGAUCGAAGGCUCUCACAAAGGUUGGAACAACCUCCAGCGGUCCCACGCGAGCGGUUUAGAAGUUCUUACUGCUCUCGGCCAUGAUCACGUCUUGCGGCGCAACAUCCGAGUGGUCUUCAAUGCAGGCCAUGACUCGAUCGACAAGUUUUUGGCUUCAACACACGGUUCACAUCACAUCCAUCUUGUCGACGGUAUCGCGAGGCUGUGGAACUCCAUGAUCGAGGAUGCGAAGAUCGUGAAGUCCCGCGGGCUGUCGCGCCUGCCCACCAUGCAGGUUGUCGACAGCGGCGAGAAGUUCAGGCUUGUGAAGGCAGAGUAUGCGACGACGUACCACCACCUCACCUGCACAGUCAAGGACGAGCUCGAUGAAGACUUGCUGGACCUCUCUCUGCACGACGAUGCCAGUGCUGACCUUAUCCUUCGAGAGCUUGCUAUUGACCCCGCACUUCGUCUGCAGCCGCUGCCCAUCGAUUCUCCUCCAACCAAGCCUGCCAUCGGGCUCAUCGAGGGCACAAGCGACUGCCCUCCUGCUCCUUCUGUUUUGCCUGAUGAUCAAGCCCUGAGGCCUACAGCCCUGUGCACAGAGCCGGCUUCGCGCGCGGUAAUGCCGACUGUGAUCGACUUGGAUGCCGAGUCCAGCGAAAUAACUGUCACUUUCUCGGAGAUGACUACUCAGCCUACUGAGGACAGCGACAUCGAAGUUGUAGGAGCCGCUCCCUCUGUUACACGGAAGGGGAAAGAAAAGCAACUGAGUGGACCUCGGGAAGCACAGGCUCUCACAUCGGAUACAUUUAAAGACACCACAACAGCCGUUACGAACGCCCGAUACUCACCCGACCAGUCGCUGCAUGCACCAUCGAAGCGCAAGGCUAGCGAUGCAAACGUGGCGGAACGGCCUGCUAUGUCUGCCACACUGCUCACCAAAGUCCCCGGCCCUGCUCUCGUGUCGCACACGGUCAACACCUCGGUGCAGUCAGAACUGGUACCAGAGGAGCCGCACAUGCUCCCGGUCGUGCAAAUCAGCGGGCCCUCGCGUUCGCAGCGGCUCUUCUCGGUUGUGACUGGGAUCAACCCAAGCUCACUUAGUAUUUCUGCCGACUCGGAGUUUUACUUAUUUAUGGAUAUGAGGGCCGAGGGCAAGUGGGCCUCGUUCAACAUGACUCCAGCCAAGUGGGUCGCCGCGGCAGAGGCCUACAAUGCUCGCCUUGAGGAGCUGACCAAGUCCCGGGGGCUCCCAAUGGCAAGGAAGACUCCCCGUGCUCUCAUGGAAAAACUCGGCGAGCUUGAGCCGAAGAUCCUGGCGCGCAUCAUUGCGAAAGACUAUACCUCGAAGCGUACCAACACGGAGGCAUUCUGGAUGAAGCACUGCCUCGCGGUCACACUGAUGAAGGUCGAGAACACGAAAGACGCAUACCUGCGCUGCUGGGCCAUCAUGUAUCCAGGCACGAAGGGCUCGCGCGAGAACCACAACAGAGCUUACUGCAUGGACGGCGUCAGGCAGAAGCCCAAGAAGGUCGAAAGGACUGUGAAUGGCACACCGGAAACCAUCACAGAAGACCCACCCGAGUUCCCACAGCCGCGCGGUAUCUUCUCGAGCGGCACGCACUUCCAUCCGGACGUGUUCCUGAGGACGGUCGAACACAUGUACAAACAGCUGGUUGUUCGCAAGGGGACCGGUGGCGCGCUGUCGAUGGAGUACACCGCGUUCACGACACUGCUGUGCAAGCGCUUGAAGGUCUACAAUGACGGCAUGGCCCUGUUCGAGCUGUACAGCUCCUUGGAGAUUGCAUCCCCCGCGCGCGCGGCCAAUUUCGUCGUCGAGCGCAACGGCAUCAAGUACCUGCACAUCAACUAUCUCAAAGAUGCCGAGGACGUCCCCGGCAGCAUUGUCCCUGCCGCGCAGGGGAGCGGGGAUGUCUGA